CAGAGGUCAUAGUGUGUGGAGGUGUCGGUCGCGCGGUCAAUAUUGACACCUUUGAGACGGGACACGAUCUAAGAUGUCUCUCCCUGACCAAGGCGUCAGCUCGGCGUAUUCACUGGUUAGUGUGAGGGAGCGAGAGUCAGCUGUUGUUUACAUGUGGGGUCCCAGGCCGGAGUGACCAGUGUUGACAAACAACCUGUGGGGCUCCAGACAUUACCGGCGGGGCUCCUGAUAAAAUACGGGCUCACCCUAGCCCGUGCUACUUGGAACAUCUUGUUCCAAGUAACUGAAUGUAAAACAACAAUCCAGGCAACACCUGUGGGGGGCUCCAGGCAACACUUGCCGUGCUCCAGACUACUCUUGUACGGGCUGAAGACAAUACAUACAACGGCUCCAGACACGCAUCUAACAUGGAUUCGGAUGACAGCGGUUUUAAUUCGUAUAGACGCUCUAAGAAAAUUCCGCCCCCUGUGCCAAAAAAGAAGCCCAAGAGAGAUGCUACUGUUUUAGAAGUUGAAUAUGACACUGAUUCUCAAGAAUCAUUGUACUCUGACCCCAUUCUUGACAUUUCAAGGGAGGAGUUUGUUGCAUGUGAUGACUUAACAAGACUGCCAAUUUUAUAUGAUGACAUUGUUUUAGAAUGUGUGUGUUUACGGUAUAUCGAGGGCCUUUUCUACACGUGGGCGGGCCCAACACUGGUGGCAGCUAACCCAUGUUGUCCCGUGAACCACUUGUAUACUUCUUCCCAGAUAAAACAUCACCAUGACCAGGUGAAGUGUGGUGCUGACAGGCGUGAUGCGCAUGUGUACAGUGUUGUGGGUGUAGCUCAUCAUCGUCUCACUCAUGAUCUUGGCCUUAUAAAUCAAGCUGUUUUGGUUUCCGGGGAGAGUGGUGCAGGAAAGACUGAAUCUGCUCGUUACAUGUUGGGAUACUUGACACAUGUUGAAACAAAGUUUCCUCAAGUUCCACGCUCACCAUUAAAGGGUGUGUGGGAGGACAAGGAGCCUAGGGACAUCCAGGAUAAGAUCUUGGCUUCUAAUCCUAUUCUUGAAGCGUUUGGUAAUGCUGCCACUCUUCGCAACCAUAAUUCCAGCAGAUUUGGAAAACUGAUCCGUCUACAGUAUGGAGGGCGUCAACUGCGUGGGGCUGAGAUUGACACUUACCUAUUGGAGAAAACCAGGGUUACUCACCAGCCAGAGAGCGAGCGAAAUUUUCAUAUAUUUUACCAGGUUUUAUCAGGUGUGAGAUCAGGGUUACUAAAAGACUUGAUGCUUGAUGAGGAAGAGAGAUUUGCCAUCCUGCCAGGUGAUAUGACAGCAGCAGACCUCACAAAUCUUGAAGAGACUUUGUGUGCAUUCCAGCAACUGAAUUUCUCAAGUAGCCACCAAAAGGAAAUAUUUCAGGUUAUAGCAGCUAUACUGUUCUUGGGGAACAUCAGCUUUACUCUAGAGGAAGGAGACACUAAUUGGACUGUAAAUAUGCAAAGUAGAGACUGUGUGAAGAGUUUACAAGCAGCUUGUUUGUUGUUGGGGUUGGAUGUAGACCAACUGGUUAAUACCUUAACCAUCCAUACCAUCAGUGUCAGUAGUGCCCAAAAGGUCAGUGUGUUUCACAAGCCAUGUGAACGUAGGAGCCAGUGUGUUGAGCGGCGGGAUGCUCUAAUACAGCUUAUAUACCAGAGUCUGUUCCGGCAUAUAGUAGACUUCAUCAAUAGCAAGAUCAGUGCUCACAAGACUAUCUGGUCACAGAUUUUGGGAAUAUUGGAUGUGUAUGGAUUUGAAACAUUCCAGCAAAACAGCCUUGAGCAGCUAUGCAUUAAUUAUGCCAAUGAGAGGUUACAGCAAGCAUUCAUAGCUCGAUAUCUAGCCACCGAACAUCAGAUGCUUAAAGAAGAGGGCUUCCUUGGCCUGGAUGUACCUUAUACUGAUAACUCGAGCUGCGUCAUGGCCCUAGAUUCCCGGGUCUCGGUCUUUGCCAUUCUCAACGAGGAGUGCCAAUUAAAGCGUGAUGUGAAGGAGGAUGAGGCAUGUGAUCGAGUGUGCAAAGCGUUGGAACAUACUGGCGUUGUGUGCGCACCUCUGUCACCUCGGCACACACCUGGCUUUGUCAUCCAUCAUUAUGCUGGACUUGUCAAAUAUGAUGCAGAAGGUCUACUGCACAAGAAUAAAGAUGAAGUUCCCCAUGAAGUCUGGGGACUGCUAGCCGGAAGUAAUCAAGAUUUUAUUAGCAGCUUAACAGUGGGAACAGAGAGUCUACAUGCCGAAACUGGAAGACGAACAACACGCAAAAUUACUACGCUCUCAAAGUUCAAGUCAUCCUUGGAUAUGUUGAUGAAAACCUUGUCCGAGUGUGAUUUACACUUUGUACGUUGUAUAAAGCCCAGUGAAAAAUCUAUGCCAGGCACGAUUGAUUCUGAUUAUACACUGCACCAGCUGAAAGCCUGUGGAGUUAUUGAGACAGUCUGCAUUAGCCAGGCUGGUUAUCCAAUUAGAAUAUCAUAUGCUGACUUCUACACUCGGUAUGGCGGACCAAGAAGCAGUGCCGAUGUUGCAUCGUGUAUUGCACUUGCCAAAUCUGUUCUUGGAACAAUAGAUGGAGAUAUUGACACUGAUAAAUGCAGGUUUGGAAAUACCCGCGUGUUUCUCUCCGAGAGUGCUCUCCAUACAUUAGAGAUAGUUCGUGAAGAAAAGAGAAACCAAGCUGCCACUUGCCUUCAGAAAUGUUGGCGAAAAUAUAGAUGUCUCAGAAAAUACCAAAAAUAUAAAGCUGCAUGUUGUUUAAUUCAAAAAAAUGUCAAAUCAUGGUUAAUCAGGCAAAAAUACCAGAAGCUCAAAUAUUCAUGCCUGCUUAUUCAGAAAAAUUUGAGAAGAUUCAUCAUACACCAAAAAUAUUUGAGGUUACGGAAUGCUACACUAACAAUACAAAGGUACUUCAGAGGUUGGGCAGCAAGACGAAAAUACGAAGCAAUAAUGCAUCAAGCAGCAAUGCGACCAUACUCUAGGCAGUCAGUUAUGUCCGCGAAUAGUCUUGACUACUACAGCUUGACUACAUCAAUAUCCAUACACAGCUUGAACCCCUCGUUACUUGACGUAAGUCCUUGCGACGGUGCUUCAGGGGAUAUUGCAACAUUUGCUUUGAGUGGUGAAGCGCUAAAGGCAUAUUUGUCUCCUGAACAUCACCAAAGACUUCUUGAGACAGAAGAGUCUGGUAUUGAGACUGACACGGAGAGUAUUAAUGGGGAAGCUAAUCGGGUAGGCCACCGAAGAUCCCGAAAACUGCGUCGGAGAUCACAGUUGAAUGGGCUUAUGGAACAAAGAAGAAACGCCAAGAUGCAGCAUACAGCCAGUGAUGAAUCUUUGGUAGACAUUUCCAGUAAGUCUAUUGGUGCCAGCCCAAAAUUAGAAAAUUCACGGUGUGAACUUGAUAGUGGGCCAAAGAUCAGUACAUGCUUGAGGACUUCUGAAACUCCCAAGAAUACACCCAGAAAAGGAAUUUUGUGUACAUCCUCCAAGAAUAUUAAUAAUUCAUCAAAUCCUAGAGUGAAAAUAGCAAAAUCACCACCUCUUACCGAUAUCCAAAAGAUGCGAGUUGCUACUAUGAGGAGUCUCCCAGAAUUCUCUGGUAUUCUCCGAGAUUAUUGUCCAUCAGAAAGUUUACAGAUGGUCUUGCCAAAACAAAAUUUGUCACUUUUCUUCAAGGAUGGAGUGCUGUCCUACAGACGCAUGCCAAUGGUUGGCAUCAAGUUUCACACGCGUCCAACUUGUCUGCCAUUUUCCCACAAUCUCCCUCAUCGUGAACAACCGCGUGGCCUGUUGGAAGCCUUGCACUAAUUUUUACACAAACGUCACUCCUUGUAUAGUAAGGUCUUGUUAGAAAAGAGCCACACUCUCCACCUUUAGGAAUGUGGGAAGGUUUGCUGGUUGAUGUAAAAAUAAGUUAAGAAUUGUGUUUUUUUUUUGUUUUUUUAUUAAAUCUGCCUGCUUAAGCUAGUGGGCAGUAGGGUAUCCCUCCAUAUGCAAAAAGGAGCAUAACCAGCACUUGAUUCCCUCCAGUCAUCAGUAUUUUUAUAUAUAGUAAACAAUACUGUUCAAAAUAGUUGGUUCUUUUAACAGAUUGUGUUUAGUAUCGGUUAAUAAUAACAACUGGUUUUAUAGUUUUGUUCUAUAAAAAUAAUUUUCAUCCAUGCUAUAAUUCUAGAAGCAUUUGUAUCAAAUUACUACAUAGCUUCAAGUUUUGUUUGAUCACAGUUUAAAUGAGAUAUUUAAUGUCUUGAAUAUAAAGUUUUUAAAUAUUUACUUAUAUAAAAUGACAAAAGUGGCAAGUUUGUUUUGUUAAAUGUAAAUUUUUAUCUAAUUAACAUACAGUAAGUAACAUAUUGCAAGAACAAAACUGUAAAAAUUCAUUUUUUAUAGGUUAUAUUGAAUAAGUAUUACAUGUACAUUAUAUACAAAAGGUUGAGAGGAACAGAUAAAAGAAGAGGGUUGUAAACAUACAUUUUUAAUACUUAAUAUAUUUUUAAUAGAGUAAAUAAAUGGUUCAGUUUUUUAUUUAUGUAUUUAGGAAUUAAAUAUAUUGUACAUCAUUCAUAUGCAUCACAUACGUACUGUGUACACACACACACACACACACCAUUAAAACACACACACACACACACACACACACACACACACACACACACACACACACACACACACACACACACAC